CUCAAUAACGAAACAGCGAGAACACCGGAAAUAUUGCUUCCUCCAUGUUGGAUAGCAUCCUCGUGGUUGUGUAUCCUGUUUCCUAUGGAAAUAGCUGGUUAUAAAGCAAACACAGAACCCUAGAGCAAAAUGCCCACUAACAAUCCACUACCUCCUAAAGAAAAUGCCCUUUUUAAAAGAAUAUUGAAAUGUUAUGAACAGAAACAGUACAAAAAUGGGUUGAAGUUUGCUAAACAGAUUUUAAGCAAUCCCAAAUUUAAUGAACAUGGAGAAACUUUGGCCAUGAAAGGUCUGACUCUUAAUUGCCUAGGGAGGAAAGAAGAAGCAUUAGACCAUGUAAAGAGAGGUUUACGUAAUGACCUACGAAGUCACGUCUGUUGGCAUGUUUUUGGACUUUUACAAAGAUCUGAAAGAAAGUAUGAUGAAGCUAUAAAGGCUUACAGAAAUGCUUUAAAAUGGGAUAAGGAUAAUCUACAGAUCUUGAGGGACUUGUCAUUACUGCAAAUACAGAUGAGAGACCUUGAAGGUUAUCGAGAGACUCGGUAUCAGCUUUUAGUGUUGCGUCCUGGACAAAGAGCUUCAUGGAUAGGUUAUGCCAUGUCUUAUCAUUUGAUGAAGGAUUUUGAUAUGGCUUUAAGUAUUCUAGAAGAAUUCCGAAAGACGCAGAUGCCAAAAGCUGGAGAUUAUGAGCACAGUGAAUUGCUCAUGUAUCAAAAUAUGGUGGUAAGGGAGGCAGGCAUGUUGGAGGAAGCUUUGCAUCAUUUAGAUAGAUAUGAAAGUCAAAUUGUAGACAAACUAUCAUUACAGGAGAUAAGGGCUGAACUGCUAAUGAAACUUGGUAGAUCGGAAAAAGUAGGUGAUAUUUAUAAAGACCUAAUAACCAGAAAUCCUGAGAACUGGGCAUACUACAAAGGGUUAGAAGAUGCUAUCAAACCAGGGACAGAAGAAGAAACAUUAAAAUUGUACACUGAUGUAGAAGAACAGUACCCACGUGCAUCAGCUCCCAGGAGAAUACCUCUGUCAUUUACAACAGGGGCUAAUUUUAAAGGACUGAUGGAUACAUAUUUUAGGAGAGCUUUUCAUAAGGGUGUACCACCUUUGUUUGUAACUGUAAAGAAAUUAUAUUCAGAUCCUUGGAAGCAACGAACCGUAGAAGAUUUAGUUCUAGGGUAUGCUGAAAAUUUAAAAACUCAUGAAAAGUUUGCGUUGUCUGAUGAAGGUGAAUUAGAGUCUCCAACAACGCUAUUGUGGGUGUAUUUUUUCCUGGCGUGUCAUUAUGAUUUCCUGGGUGACACCAUCAAAUCUGUAGAGUAUAUAGAUCUAGCCUUAAAACACACACCACUUCUUAUAGAGUUGUAUGUACUCAAAGCCAAAAUAUUUAAACAUGCUGGUGAUAUAGAGGAGGCUGUCCGGUUGAUGGAUGAAGCUCAGUCAUUAGAUACAGCUGACAGAUAUAUAAAUUCCAAAUGUGCCAAGUAUAUGUUAAGAGGCAAUUUAAUAGCAGAGUCUGCUGAAAUGUGUUCAAAAUUUACAAGGGAAGGUGUAUCAGCAGUAGAUAAUCUGAACGAAAUGCAGUGCAUGUGGUUUCAGAUAGAAAGUGCUGCAGCAUACCAGAGAAUGGGAAAAUGGGGAGACGCUCUUAAAAAGUGUCACGAAAUAGAUAGGCAUUUUACAGAAAUAAUAGAGGAUCAGUUUGACUUCCAUACGUACUGUAUGAGAAAGAUGACUCUCCGAGCUUACGUUGGAUUAUUACGAUUAGAGGAUGUAUUACAACACCACCAAUUCUAUUUUAAAGCAGCCAAAAUUGCUAUAGAGAUUUAUUUACAUUUACAUGACCACCCUCUCUCAGACAGUGAUCUGGAUAGUGCUCUUGAUGCUGAAAAUUUGUCUCCUAGUGAAUUAAGAAAGUUAAAGAAUAAGCAACGGAAAGCAAAGAAAAGAGCACAAGCAGAAGCACAACAGAAAGCUGAACAAGAUAAAAAAGAAACUCAUAAUAAAAAAGCUCAGGAUGGUGAAUUAGACGGUCCGAAAGAAGAGGAAUUAGUUCCAGAUAAAUUAAGCAGGCCUGAUGACCCAUUAGAGCAAUCAUUGAAAUUCCUGAAACCUUUACAGAUGCAUGCAGCACAUAGAAUACACACACAUAUAGUAGCUUAUGAAAUUUAUUCUAGGAAAGGAAAAAUAUUAUUAAUGUUACAGUCAUUAAAGAGAGGAUGUCAUGUAGAAAGAAAUAAUCCACAAUUACAUGUUUGUUUGUUACGAUUUUUAUUGUUAAUAAAACAGAAAACAGAUUUACCAGAACCUGUUAGUAAACUUCUGCAAAGAGAAAUGGAGAAAUUUUACAAUCACAAAGACCCUUUAACACUUAAUACAGAAUACCUAGAACAAAAUAAUAAUUCCAUAUUGCAUAGAUUAGCAGGGGCCAGAAUGAUGUAUGAACUUUCACCCACACCAGAGAAACAAGAGGAAGCAUUAAAAAUUGCCACAAGUCUUUCACCGAAAUUACAAGGAAUAAUUCUUAAUAAUUGUAUAGAAGUGCUUGAAGCAAUGUGUCGAGGUGAUUUUGGAAAAUGUGAGUCGACGGCACAGAAAUACCAAGCUGACUGUCAUAAACUUUUCCCUUAUUCUCCAUCAUUUAUCAUCCCUGCCAGCAAUCAACCAGACCAAGUCAAUGGGAAUGCAUCGUGAGAGAGAGAGAGAGAGAAAACAUCAAGUGUCAUUUAUUUAUCCUGUGAUAGUGCUUUAAAAAACUUUGAAUUUUAGAAAUAGAGAAACAGUGAGAAUCAAAAUGAAUUUUCCCGAAAUGUAGUAAAUCCAAGAGACUUGAAAUUCAAAGUUAAUGGCAUAAAAUGCAUUUGAACAAAUAGUUGAAGAAAGAGAUACUUGAUAUGCAUGGACUAUUGUGUGUGUGUGUGAAGCUUGGAACCUAUCUGUUGACAUUUAUAAUUUACUAUGUCUUGUCCAGCAUUUUUAUAAAACUGCAGUGUACCUCUUUACAUUUUAUAUUUCAUGGUCAGUCUUGUACUAGUGAACGAAGUCAUAUUAAAUAACUUUCUUCCUUUUCAUCAUUUUUUAAGCAAACGGUCAUGCUGUUUUUAACCCCCCAAAAAAAGGAAAAAAGGCCAUAUAAUAUGAAUUCCUAGAUUCUUGUCCCUGUCUGUUUUAUUCCCACUUAGAUUUUUGUCUUAUUAGAUGAAAAUUGUUAAAGAAUUGAAUGCUUCUCUUUGUAAUUCAGACUGAUAUCCAAUUCAAAUCAAACAAAAGAAAUUGAGCUCUUUCUUGGAGAAAAUAUUUAUCAAGUUUUCAACAUCUAAAUUGACAGUCUUUCAUCCCUACAUAGCUUGCAUUUUCAAUAUGAAAAUAGAUAUGGUUGCCUAAUGGGGAGAUAAUUUUGACGAAAUAGAAUCCUGACUGAGUUUUAUUGGGGUGUAAAAGUGUUGACUGAAGCAAAUUAAUAAAUGCAGGAUCAACGCUAUUGCAAAAAGAAGUAUUGAAUUCUGUAAAAAUUUUAUACUACAAUCAUGAUAAAGCGAGUUAUAUCAAAUUUUAUGUAUGUUUUCCUAUGCAUUGAAACCACUUCAUCAUUAAGGAAAUAAAUUUGAUUUUGGAAUGAUUCUUUAAUACCAUUGUCAGCCAAUCAGAAGUUCAGAUGUUAUGAAACAUAUACAUAUAAUGUAAUUAUUCAUGUGGGAUAUGGAGAUGUUUAAAUCUGUCUAGAAGAAAAAAAAGAUAGUCCGCUUUUAUUUUAAUUGAUUUAAAAAAAUAUAAAAGUUACAUCUUAUGGUGUAAUUAAUCAUCACAAAAUGCCAAUGUUAAAAGAAACUAGUGCACAAACCAUUAGAUGUAUUGCUGUUAUUGAAAAUUUUAAGAUCAUUGAAUUCAGAAUCUCUUAAACUUACAAUUUAAACCUGGUCUUUUAUUUGCAAUUACCAGAAUAUUUAUCAUAUUGAAUAUAAGGGAGAAGAAGAAAUUGAUAAAAAAAUAAUAAUUAAGUGUGGCCUGUAUACAUUGUAGCUUGAAUGUAGCAAUGAAGUUAGGCUGCCCUCAUAAAUCAGGCACACAAAGUUAAUAGGUUAACAUUUUUAGAACCUUUUCACAAUUACAGGUACUAACAAUCUCAUUUUUGCUUCUUCAGAUUUCAUAGCAUUGAUAAUCAAUGGUAAAUCAUAUGUAAGAAUGACGUACACACUUUUCUAAUAAUACCAUACAUAAUAUCUUUUACAUUUAUAUUUUUCUUUAAAACAAGGUUGUGAGGCUUGAAAUUGGGCUAAAUAACAUAACAGUUCAAAGUGUUACUAGUUGUUUAAUUUGUGUAAAAUAUAAUAUAAAAGGAGAUUUGAUAAAAUACAUUCAAUUUGGCCCCGGCAAGUUUAAAAACAGUCAAAUUAUAUCAUCCCCUUAAAAUUAUAGUAAUGCUAUGAUCAAUUAAAUGCAGAAAAGUUUCCUGUGAUACGUAAAUGAAAACCUUGAUAUUAUUUCAUGUUUAUGCAAAAAAAUCAAAAAAAUCCGUCGGUUUAUUUCUGGAAGGCCAUGUAUACAAAUUUAGAGGAAGUCUUUAAUGAAUAAAAAGUAGAAACCUCCCAUUAUCAAGCAUUUCUAUUCAUACGCUUCCUUGCUGAUUUUGAUUGGCAACGAAGGAAAAUACGUAAUUAAAUAAUAAUUACCAGGUAUUUAGGGACGACAUCAAAAGUUCAAUGUAGGAUAAAAAAACUUAAUUCAUAUAGUUUUUGCACUGAUCCCCCUACCCUCCUCUUAACUUUAUUGGAGAAAAUUGAUUGACCAAUAAGGAUAUAUAAAUUAAAUUGAUGUUAAUUAAACAAACCUUGCAACAAUUUUGACCCCCACCCCCAAACUAUUUGAAUUAAGAUUUUUAUCCUUAAAAAAAAAAUCGCUUUCAUUGAUUUUUUUUUUAUUUCCCUUAGUUGGUGUAAAUAUCUCUUCUUUGGGUGAAAUAUCUGUUUAUAAUGUUUAUUAAAAUCAUGACGAAAAUUUUUAAUGUAGUAAAUUUUAUAGGAGAAAAAGUAUCAUAUUUGCCAGUUGAAAGAACAUUUUAAUGUAAUAUAUACUUAAAGCAUAAAAUUGUCAAAAACUUUACAUUUAAGCAUAUAUUUUUUUAUACUCGCACUGCAAUCAUGAAGUUAAAUUAUUCAAAUACCUUAGAAAGUUUUGAUUAAUUCCAAAGGAUGCACAAAACUUCAAAUUAUUCAUUCGUAAAACUAUACAAACUCUGAUUAGGCUAGUUAAAAGAAAGAUCGUCAAUUUAAGUGUUCUAGCCAAAAAGGUAAUAGAAAGCUUAAUGGUUUCAUUAGAGUUGCAAAUGUAAAGCAUUCUUACAGUUAUUUGAUAUUUUUAAAUAUAUUCGUUUCCCCCCAAAUUUAUGUGAAAUUAUCUUAUAGAGUAAUCCCCCCUUCCCCACCAACACUCGCUCACAUGUACACAUUUUUGUGUCGGAUUGGAUCCAUUUUGAAACUAUGCAGUAUUGAUUUUUCUUCCUAAUUAAAUUGUAUGGUAGGUUUUAAAUGUGUAGGUAUGUUUUGUAAUAGUUCAUGUCUAAUUCUAUCUACGUUUUAUGUAGUUGGAACAGCUCAGUGCUCUACUAGUUUGUACUGGUACAUACCAUUAAAAAAUUCAACGACAAAAGAAAAAAA